GACGCUACUAGGUGCGCUCCUGGCCUUACUACUAGUAGCAAGAGGCUACUAGUAACACGUGGCCGCACCAACUGUGCGGGCCCACUCCGGUGCGCAUCCAACGAUGACGGAGACUCGUGGCCCUUGGGGGCUGCGACGAUGGGAGAUGAGACGAGCAUCUCGGCUUCGCUGUUUUCCACGAGCCGAAGGAUUGGAGCUUUGGGACGCAGAGGUCGUUGGGCACAGGCACUGGAAAAGUAUCGGCAGUUUGAACGGAGAGGAUUGAAAGGAGAUUUGACCAUGUUGAACAUCUUGCUGAAGGCAGUUUGCUCUCGUGGACAUUGGACAAAGGCAAUGCUUUGGCUAAAAAGUGGCGUCUCAUCCGACUGCUUCACUUGGAACACCUUGCUCCAAGGGAGCUCUCAAAAACAGAGUUGGUCAUCUACCCUUGGAAUUCUGGGACAUGUGCAAUCUCAAAGCUUGGUGGACGAAAUGAGCUUCAACACCGCAAUUGCAUCUCAGCUCGUAUCAACUUGGAAGUAUACAUCCUCUUUGUUGACACGGAUGUUCUGCCACCAGUUGCGUCGGGAUGUGGUGGGCUACUCGGCCCUGGCCUCCUGUGCAAGUGGAGAUCCGGUGCUUUGGGGCCAGGCAGUCGUGCAACUGCAGGUCAUGGACAACAUCAAUCUCUCACCCAAUUCGGUCAGCAUUGGUGCUUGCAUUUCUGCUUGUGCUAAUGCAGCUUCUUGGUGUGGAGCCAGCGCAUUGCUCCAAGACCACUUCGAACGAAAACUGGAACUCAACGUCAUUCUGCUUGCCUCCACGGCGUCUGCACACCAGCGAGAUCUUUCGAGUCAGUGGAGAAAAGCACUGAUGAUUCUGGAGAUGGGAGAGGACAGAAGCAUCCAGCUAAACACCUUUUUGCUUGGUUCCACUCUACAAGCCCACCCUAAGAGCAAGUGGGUGACCGCACUUGGAUGCUUUGCGGAGCUGGUUCGGAGGGCUCUACGUCUUACAGAUGCUUCCCGACGAUUUGUCCAUUAUGUUCUUUCUUUCGGGACCGAAUGAGUAGCGUAGGAGCAUUGCACCAAGAUGCACCAAGUGUAUCCAAGUGCGAGGUCAGUAUCGAACAGAAAGAGGUUCAAAUGUGUAGAGUUUGCUCUUGGACGAGGUUGCUGCAGCAAUUUUGGUUGGCACGGUUGUUUGGGAGAAGGCGCUUGAAGUCUUCUUGAAAAGUGCAGCUCAUGGGCUCCAAUUGAAUAAAGCUGGCAUGACCGCAGGCCUCAGCACCGUGGCAGAUGCCCAGCAUUGGCAGCGCACACUGGUCACCCUCCGCGCAGUGCCUACGAUGGGCACCCUCACGGCCCUCACCACCACUGUGGUGGCGCUGGCACGCGCACGGCGGAGGGCGGAAGCGACCAAGGUGUUGCAGGAGAUGCGCUUUGGAGCGGUAGAGGUGGAUCGAGUGGCGCAAGGACUUUCGGCAGGAUCCGAUUCUACAGACUGCUGGCAUCGCUGCUUUUGAGGCCUCUGGUCAGUGGCUCUUGGCGCUCUGGGUUCUGCAUGAAAAUCCGAGGUCGACUGCUGCGGUGAAUGCAGCCGUGGCCGUGGCUCAGCGACGGUUCUUGUGGGCCUUGGCACUACAGCUCUUAUCUCAGGGUUUGGAACGCCAAGUGGAAACGGAUCUUUUGUCUUGGACGUCUACUAUUGGCGCUUGCUCACGAGCUGUGACACGAGUUUUCGAAACUGCAAAACUGUGGCGAUGGCCCCUGAAGCUUUUGGACUCCUUGAAGCUGCAGCGCUUGCAGCCUGCGCUGUUGACGAUCACAGAGGCUGCAUCUAUUCCGGAACCCUGCACCUCGCCAAGGCUUUUGCGCUUCUUGCAAGAGGUAGCUGCUGCAAGCACAUGUUUUCGGCCAUCAAUGAUCAGCUCAUAGUAGGAAUCCAGGAAGGUGGUGAGCAUGCCGUACAGGGUCCAUACGUUUGAAGACCUAAUCAAACAAUGAGCAAGCCAGCCUUCCAUGCAUGGCUUUCUAGCCAUGCUCGUGACAUCUCGUGACUUGUAUUGCACGAAAGCUCUCGUCAUCAUUCACUUUGACUUUGUCGAGAUGCCUCAGGGGUUGUACAGCUUUGACGCCUCAUUUCAGUCAGCGCAAUGCCAUUGGAUGCCUUUGCACCAAAAAAGGGC